AUGUCUCGCCCACAGAAAAGCCCAAUGCACUGGCCGGCAUUUCCGGACAUACCGAUCUACCUCGAUACUGGCGAUGAGCGUGCAACAGCAAAAACAUACGGUACUACACCUACCACGCCAACAACACCAGAUAUUGUGCCUCCACACCGCCCGACACACUUGAGUCCGGCACACAUCAAUGCGCCUCCGAUCAGCCCGGUUGAGCCAAGUCCUACAACAACUAUCGAGACUUCCAGUCAACGUUCCAUCAUCUGGCCAAUUCCAGAGCCCCCACCAGAGAUCCAGCACCAGUCUGAAUCUCGGCGACCAACUCUUCGUUUCUUCCCAACCCAACGCCCACGAGUCCGUCUUGAUACCAUACCUUCUCUGCAAUGUCCCAGUAUCAACGAGAAGACACCAAUUAGCAACAUCCAUCCAGGUCUUGGUAUUAUCAACGGACCUUCCAAGCCACCUUCCAUUCAGAUCUCGCCGCCAUUCAACGAGAAGUCCGAUCCAGAGGCCAACAUCGCCCAACGUAUCGAAGAAACGUUAUGGAGAUACAGUGCAUCUGGUAACAUCCUAAAACGAUGGCUACUGGAGGUACUUAGCUGGCUGUUCAGUGCGAUCUGUAUGGCUGCAGUGAUCGGGGUACUCAUUAGGCUCAAGGAUGAACCACUCACCAAAUGGGCCUUGGCUGAAAAGACAGGCUUGACAUUGAAUGCCUACAUCUCUAUACUAUCUAAGAUGGCUGGUGCUGCUCUUAUACUACCAGUGUCUGAGGCUCUGGGUCAACUCAAGUGGAGUUGGUUCCUGGAGCACUCGAAGCAGAUGUGGGAUUUUGAGAUCUUCGACAACGCAUCUAGGGGGCCUUGGGGAUCCUUUCUACUGUUAAUUCGAACAAAGGGACGGGCUCUAGCCGCUUUAGGAGCCAUGAUUAUGCUAUGCUCCCUGGCUUUGGACCCAUUCUUUCAACAGGUAGUCGACUUCCCUUCCCGAUGGGCUCUCCAAAACACUGUGAGCUUCAUCCCGAGGGUAGCAUCGUACACGCCUUUCUACACCCCAGAAUUCUUCCAAGGCUUCGAGACGAACUUCCGAGAUCCUGCUCUAAGGCCCGUCGUAAGUCAAUUCCUGAUCGACAACGGCACACAACCCGUACCUUUUGGCAAUGGCUCAAGGCCUGAUAUACCGCUCUCAUGCCCCACAAGCAACUGUACAUGGCCUCCGUAUGAGACUCUAGGCGUCUGCAGCGAGUGCGUUGAUGUGUCUUCGCUCCUUGAAUGGGAUUGCCUCUACACGAGCAUUGACUGGAGCGCGAAUCAGACAGGCCCGAUAGAGGCUGAUAAGUACCCGAAUGGAACGGUUUGUGGCUACUUUCUCAACCGUACCAGCGAUGCGCCCGUUCUGAUGUCGGGUUAUAUCCUCGAAGACAUCGACGAUGAACCAACAAAAGGCGAGGCGUUGAUCAUGCGCGCACUUCCGCUCACCGAUAUGGUUGAUAGAUUUCCAUUGUAUCAAGGCUCUGUCAACUUUCGGCAUGUGCGUAACCCCAUUCUGGACGCCUUGAUUGCUUCAGUUGAGGGCGGAGCAUCCGGCGUAUACCGCAACGAAACUCCGGUCAUACAUGAAUGCGUUCUGGCUUGGUGUGCCAAGACCAUCGAGUCGUCUUACGCUUUCGGAACCUACAACGAGACUGUCACGUCAACCUAUGUCAACACAACAUCCGGGCCAUUUCCAUGGACUAGCGUGCCGGUGGAACUAGAGGGAAGUUCGGCGGGCACUAUGACGAUAUACGCAGAAGACAUCAAUAUAACACCGCCUUCAUCAACUCGCAACUUGACAUCUGGUGUUGUCUACAACGAGACUUACCAUCUGUCAAACACGACCGCUUCAAACGUCAUUAUCAUUUUCGACGAUUUCUUCCCGUCUUACUACUCUGCUGCAACCUCAACUGAGAAGCCAAUGCUGAGAUAUAAGAAUUUUCCCGAUGGCCCCUCUUUCCGUGAGCUCGCAUUCAAUCCAUUGUCAGCGCCCAACAACAUAACCCGCCAUAUGGAAAGACUCGCUACUGCUAUGACGAAUGUUGUACGAUCUUCUGAUGAGAGUAACGACAUGCUUGGAGGUAAGGCCUACAAUGAAGAGAACUAUGUGUCGGUCCGAUGGGAGUGGCUCACUCUUCCGAUCGGUCUUCUCCUCAUUUCUCUCGUAUUCUUGUCGGCAACUGUGGUCAAAUCAGCGAUGGAACGCGAUCGUGUAGGAGUAUGGAAGACUUCGGCAUAUGCAACCCUUUUGUACGGUUUGCCAGAUGAGAUGCAGCAGAAAAUUACAAGGUCUUCGAGCACAGGAACGCCACGGGCCAAAGCGAAAGAGCUGAAAGUUAAAUUGCAGCCUAAUCAAGGCUGGAGAGUUUCUGGAAACCUUUUCUCCCCUUUCGUGGCUAAGCCGAAAGUCAAUCAGCCUCCGCCGGGUUGGAUCUAA